UAGGUUUAGGCACGGGUUUAAAAUUUAAUCAAAAGCAAUAUCAAAUAGGCAAAUGCAAUUGAUUGGCGGUGGGAGCCUCAAAGAACAAGGAAGCUAGCUACCCCUAAACCCAUUAUUCCAUUUCCUGCCAGAUCAAAUCUUAUUUUUCGAAGACAACAAGAUUCAUUACUGUAAAUUCCACACAAUCAGUUAUGUCUGCUCUUUUUAAUUUUCACUCGUUUUUGACGGUUGUUCUGCUCGUGAUUUCUACUUGCACUUUCCUCAAGAUGCAGUUCCCUGCUAUCCUCGAACGCAAAACUGGGUUUCGGGGAUUCUUUUGGAAGGCUGCUAGAAUCGGUGAACGUUUAAGCCCCUGGGUGGCCGCCGGAUGUUUUACAAUGGGUGUAUCAAUUCUAUUCUUCUGAAAACGGUUUUCUUUGCAAAAUAUGAAGGCAGUUAUCGCUGUUCUGAUCCCUGGGCAAGUCUUCUCAGGUUAUGUAACAUGACUGAGGUUCACUCUUACUUGAAAUGGUUUCAGCUUUGUUUGUGCUUUAAGUGUCUUGGGGUGAUAAUAUCAAUUUUCCUUUCCCCCUUGUCACUAUAUAUAUAUAUAUAAUUUGUCCACCCACUCCCACCAUCAUAGUCGUGAAUAACAUAUUAUAUAACCUAUUGAUCUACGAAAUAUGGUAGUAUAUUCUAAUUUCAUCAA